CUCCCAGCCCCGCAGCGGCCGAGCUGCAGCCCGGACUCAGUCGCCGCCGCCGCCGCCGUGAACAUGGAGCCCCCAGACGCACCGGCCUGGGCGUGCGGGGCGCUGUUGCUCGCAGUCCUGCUGGCGGCGCACCCAGAUGCCCAGGCGGAGGUACACCUGUCUGUGCCUCCAUUGGUGGAGGUGAUGCGGGGAGAGCCCGUCACCCUGGACUGCACCCCUACGGGAACCCACGACCAUUAUGUGCUGGAAUGGUUCCUUACUGACCGCUCAGGAGCUCGCCCCCGCCUGGCCUCCGCGGAGAUGCAGGGCCGGGGCUCGGAGCUCCAGGUCACAGUGCACGACAGCAGGGGCCGCAGUCCCCCGUACCAGCUGGACCCCUGGGGGCGCCUGGUGCUGGCUGAGGCCCAGGUUGGCGACGAGCGAGACUACAUGUGCGUGGUGAGGGCAGGGGCGGCGGGCACUGCCGAAGCCACCGCGCGGCUCAGCGUGUUUGCAAAGCCAGAGGCCACCGAGGUCUCCCCCAACAGAGGGACACUGUCUGUGAUGGAGGAUUCUGCCCAGGAGAUCGCCACCUGCCAUAGCAGGAAUGGGAACCCGGCCCCCAAGAUCACGUGGUAUCGCAAUGGGCAGCCCCUGGCAGUGCCCGUGGAGAUGAACCCAGAGGGUUACAUGACCAGCCGCACCGUCAAGGAGGCCUCCGGCCUGUUGUCCCUCAUGAGCACCCUCUACCUGCGGCUCCGAAAGGCCGACCGAGAUGCCACCUUCCACUGCGCCGCUCACUACAGCCUGCCCGAGGGCCACCAUGGCCGCCUGGACAGCCGCACCUUCCAGCUCACCUUACACUAUCCCACGGAGCACGUGCAGUUCUGGGUGGGCAGCCCGUCCACCCCAGCGGGCUGGGUGCGCGAGGGUGACACUGUCCAGCUGCUCUGCCGGGGUGACGGCAGCCCCAGCCCGGAGUACACACUUUUCCGCCUUCAGGACAAGCAGGAGGAAGUGCUGAAUGUGAAUCUUGAGGGAAACUUGACGCUGGAGGGGGUGACCCGGGGCCAGAGUGGGACCUACGGCUGCAGAGUGGAAGACUACGACGCCGCGGAGGACGUGCAGCUCUCCAAGACGCUGGAGCUGCGCGUGGCCUACCUGGAUCCCCUGGAGCUCAGCGAGGGGAAGGAACUUUUCUUACCCCUGAACAGCAGUGCAACCGUGAACUGCUCCGUGCAAGGCCUGCCCACCCCUGCACUACGCUGGACCAAGGACUCCGUUCCCUUGAGCGAUGGCCCCAUGCUAUCACUCAGUUCCAUCACCUUCGAUUCCAAUGGCACCUAUGUAUGCGAGGCCUCCCUGCCCACAGUUCCCGUCCUCAGCCGCACCCGGAACUUCACGCUGCUGGUCCAAGGCUCGCCAGAGCUAAAGGCAGCGGAUACGGAGCCCAAGGCAGAUGGCAGCUGGAGGGAAGGAGACGAGGUCACGCUCAUCUGUUCCGCCCGCGGCCAUCCAGAGCCCAAACUCACCUGGAGCCAGCUUGGGGGCAGCCCCGCAGAGCGGGUCCCCGGAAGGCAGGGCUGGGUGAGCAGCUCUCUGACCCUGAAAGUGACCAGUGCCCUGAGCCGUGACGGCAUCUCCUGUGAGGCCUCCAACCCCCACGGGAACGCGCGCCACGUCUUCCACUUCGGCACCGUGAGCCCCCAGACCUCCCAGGCUGGCGUGGCCGUCAUGGCCGUGGCCGUCAGCGUGGGCCUCCUGCUCCUCGUCGUCGCUGUCUUCUACUGCAUGAGACGCAAAGGAGGCCCCGGCUGCCGCUGCCGGCGAGAGAAGGGAGCUCCGCCGCCAGGGGAGCCAGAGCUGAGCCACUCAGGGUCGGAGCGGCCUGAGCAGACCGGCCUUCUCAUGGGAGGUGCCUCUGGAGGAGGCCGGGGUGGCAGCGGAGGCUUCAGAGACGAGUGCUGAGCCAAGGACCUCCUAGAGGCUGUCCCUGGACCUGGAGCUGCAGGCAUCGGAGAACCAGCCGCGCUCACGCCGCCCCCGCCCCCGCCUUCCUUCUUUCCUCUCCCUGCCCAGCCCUCCCUUCCUUCCUCUGCUGGCCAGGCAGGGACCCACAGCGACUGCCUGCCUCUGGGAGGGAAGGAGAGGGAGGGUGAGUGGGUGGGAGGGGGCCUUCCUCCAGGGAGUGUGACUCUCCCAGGCCCAAGAAUAGCUCCUGGCCCAAGCCCAGGGCCCGGCCUGGGACAAGGCUCCGAGGGUCGGCUGGCCUGGGCUAUUUUUACCUCCCACCUCCCUUGCUGGUCCCCCGACCUGACGCUGACGUCCUGCUGCAGAGUCUGACACUGGAUCCCCGCCCCUGCCCCUGCCCCUGCUCCUGCCCCUGCCCAGCCCUACCUCCGCCCUGCCCCAUCAUCUGUGGACACUGGAGUCUGGAAUAAAUGCUGUUUGUCACAUCGACACUA